UUUAGUGGUGACCCAGGUCGGCGCAUGCGCAGCGACGAUCCGACCACAUCGAUGACAUCACGCGAUUCCGACCGACCCGCCGCCGGGUGGAUCGACCGACCGAGCGACCGAGCAGACAAGUGACCUCUUUGGCCUGGCAGUCGGUUUGGGUGAAAGCAUAUCGCCGCCCGCCCCGGAGUCUCUUGUGUGUCCGCCGUACUUUCGCUACCCGACCCGUCACCUCGCGGAAGAGAAUGUUCAACAGAACGAGGGCGCUCUGAGGGGGCGCAGGCGGUGACGAGGAGCCUCCGCAACCCGACCGGCCCGGCCCGCCAGGGAGCGCCAUGGCUCCCCGGAAGCGCGGCGGCCGUGGCGGCGGCGGCGGCGGCGGCGGCGGCCUCUCCUCCUUCUUCUGCUGCUUCAACGGCAGCGAGCAGCCGGAGAUCACCUACAGGCUGCGGGAGGACUUUGCCCCGCAGGCCGUGGAGCCGGCGCUGCCCAUGCCGGGCUACGACGAGCUGGAUGGGAUCUUCUCCGAGUUGGUGGACGAGCUGGACCUCAGCGAGAAGCACAGGGAAGCCAUGUUUGCCCUACCCGCCGACAAAAAGUGGCAGAUCUACUGCAGCAAAAAGAAGGAACAAGAGGCGAACAAGAGUGCCACCAGUUGGCCCGAAUACUACAUCGAUCAGCUCAAUUCAAUGGCAGCUCGAAAGACGCUUGCGGCCCUGGAGAAGGAGGACGAGCAGGAGAGGAACAAAACCAUCGAGAGCUUGAAGACCGCCCUCAGGACUCAGCCCAUGAGGUUCGUGACGCGCUUCAUCGACCUGGACGGCCUGACGUGCGUCCUCAACUUCCUGAAGAGCAUGGACUACGAGACGGCCGAGUCGCAGGUGCACACCUCGCUGAUCGGCUGCGUCAAGGCGCUGAUGAACAACUCGCGGGGCCGCGCCCACGUGCUGGCGCACGGCCAGAGCAUCAACGUCAUCGCCCAGAGCCUGGCCGCCGACAACGUGCGCACCAAGGUGGCCGCGCUGGAGAUCCUGGGCGCCGUCUGCCUGGUGCCCGGCGGCCACCGCAAGAUCCUGGAGGCCAUGCUGCACUACCGGCGCUUCGCCUGCGAGAGGACCCGCUUUCAGACGCUUCUCAACGAUCUGGACCGCAGCACGGGGCGCUACCGGGACGAGGUCAACCUGAAGACGGCCAUCAUGUCCUUCGUCAACGCCGUGCUGAGUCAAGGCGCCGGAGAGACAAGUCUGGAGUUCCGCAUCCACCUGCGCUACGAGUUUCUGAUGCUGGGCAUUCAGCCGGUGAUCGACAAGCUCCGCUCUCAUGAGAACGCCACGUUGGACAGGCAUUUGGACUACUUCGAGAUGCUGCGCAACGACGACGAGCUGGCUCUGGCCAAGCGUUUUGAGUCGGUACACGUCGACACCAAAAGUGCCAGCCAAGCCUUUGAGCUCAUCCGCAAGAAGAUGAGCCACAGCGACGCGUACCCGCACUUGAUGUCCGUCCUCCAUCACUGCCUCCUCAUGCCACACAAGCGGAGCGGCAACGCGGUGCAGUACUGGCUGCUCCUGGACCGCAUCGUCCAGCAGAUGGUGCUGCAGAACGACAAGGGCCAAGAUCCCGACGUGGCGCCGCUGGAGAAUUUCAACGUGAAAAAUGUGGUGCGCAUGUUGGUCAACGAGAACGAGGUGAAGCAGUGGAAGGAGCAGGCGGAAAAGAUGCGAAAAGAGCGCCACGAGUUGCAGCAGAAAUUGGAGAAGAAGGAGCGCGAGUGCGACGCCAAGACGCAGGAGAAGGAGGACAUGAUGCAGACGCUCAGCAAGAUGAAGGAGAAGCUGGAGAAGGAGAGCGGCGAGCACAAGAACGCCAAGCAGCAAGUGGCCGAGCUCAGCGCGCGCCUGCGCAAGCUCAGCAGCGUACGUCUCGCUUUCACGUCUCCGUUCCCGCAUGACAAAAGAAGCGGACGGCUGCCCGGCGUUGCCCUUCCGAACUCUCACUUGUCCUGUGCACUUCCCCCCCCUUGCAGAGUCAAGCCGGCCCGGUUCCCGGCGGCUCCGCCUCCGCCCCCGGCGGCCGCACCUCCUUCCCCUCCCGCGCCGUCCUCUUUCGGCCCGCCCCCUGGCGGCGCGCCCCCGCUCGGGCCCCCGCCGCAGAAGAAGAAGAACAUCCCGCAACCGCGCAACCCGCUGAAAUCCUUCAACUGGGCCAAGCUGGCCGAGAAUAAACUGGAGGGCACCGUUUGGACAGAGGUGGACGAUGGCAGGGUUUUCCAAAUUCUGGACCUGGAGGACAUUGAAAAGACCUUUUCCGCCUACCAGCGACAACAGGACUCGUUUACGAUCGCUAGCGGCAAACAGAAGGAGGCCGAGGACGACGCGCCGGGCUCCAGAAAGGCGAAGGAGCUGUCGGUGAUCGACGGCCGGCGAGCGCAAAACUGCAACAUCCUCCUCUCCAGGCUGAAGCUGUCCAACGAGGAGAUGAAGAGGGCCAUCCUCGGCAUGGACGAGCAGGAGGACCUUCCCAAAGACAUGCUGGAGCAGUUGCUGAAAUUUGUCCCGGAGAAGAGCGACGUGGACCUCCUGGAGGAGCACCGGCACGAGCUGGAGCGCAUGGCCAAACCCGACCGCUUCCUCUACGAGAUGAGCAGAAUAAACCACUACCAGCAGAGGCUGCAGUCUUUGUACUUCAAGAAGAAGUUUGCCGAGAGGAUCGCCGAGAUCAAGCCCAAAGUGGCAGCUCUCGCCGAGGCGUCCAAAGAGGUCCUGCGCAGCCGCAACCUGAGGCAGCUCCUGGAGGUGGUGCUGGCCUUCGGCAACUACAUGAACAAGGGCCAGCGGGGCAACGCUUACGGCUUCAAGGUGUCCUCGCUCAACAAGAUCGCCGACACCAAGUCCAGCAUCGACAAGAACGUCAAUCUUCUGCACUACCUGAUCACCAUCCUGGAGAAGAAAUACCCCCAAGUGCUCAAGUUUCACGGCGACCUGCCCAGCGUGCCCGAGGCGGCCAAAGUCAACAUGACCGAGCUGGAGAAAGACGUCGGCAACCUGCGCGGCGGCUUGAAAAGCGUGGAGAGUGAGCUGGCCUACCAGAAGACGCGAGCGCAGGAGCCGGGCGACAAGUUUGUGUCGGCGGUGAGCCAGUUCAUCACCGUGGCCGGCUUCGGCUUCUCCGACGUGGAGGACUCGCUGACGGAAGCCAAAGACUUGUUUGUCAAAGCCGUGAGGCACUUUGGCGAGGAUGCCGGCAAGAUGCAGCCCGACGAGUUCUUCGGUAUCUUCGACCAGUUCUUGCAGUCCUUCGGCGAGGCGCAGCAGGAGAACGAGAACAUGCGGCGGCGAAAAGAGGAAGAGGAGCGCAGAGCUAAAAUGGAAGCUCAGCUCAAAGAGCAGCGAGAGAAGGAGCGCAAGGCGCGCAAAGCCAAGGCCAACGGCGAAGACGACGACGGCGGCGAGUUUGACGACCUGGUGUCGGCGCUGCGCUCGGGCGAGGUGUUUGACAAGGACCUGUCCAAGAUGAAGCGCAACCGCAAGCGCAUCAACAGCCACAACUCGGAGGGCGGGCGUGAACGACCCGUCACCAAGCUCAACUUCUAGGAUCUUGUCCGCCACGCGCCGCUACCCAUCCUUGCGGGGGGUUUUUUCAUGAGGUCCCCCCACCACCGCUUCCUGGAGUGACUUGCUACGUUCCCACACUUGAACAUUUCAUGAUCAAUGGAAGACGCCGUUUGACAGGAUCUGCUGAGUUUUUGUUUUUUUGUCUGCUUGCAAACAGGACGAACACUCCCCUCAAAGACGACAAAAGUGACUGAUGGGGGAGACACUGGAGCUGGACUUUUUUUCCCCCAUCAGAGCUUUAACUGCAAGCUGAAAAGGAGCUAUUGCCCCCCCCCCCCCAAUUCUUGCUUUCAAAUAGUUUGACGCGUUUGCAGCAUUUCUCAGGGAUGAGAAUGACAAAUGAGAAAAUAGUCGGAUGGGUAAGCUGGGUGCGAAUGGUGAAACGUACUUGUGGGCGGUUGGGCGUCGUCCUAACUCGGACACUGAUGUGCUUGUCAAAUGGAUAAAAGGCACGUGUAACCGCUGUAAAUGAGCACAAACGACAAAAUGGGAUCGCUGAAUUGAGCGCCACCGAAUGCGAACGUCGGCGGCAGGAAAUUUCUCAACAGCUUUGCGCUUCUCUUGAGAGAGGUCAUUUGGGUGCAAAGUCCCAAAUCCGCCGAUCAACAGAAUAUUCUCAUCCUGGAUUUCUUUGAACGCUGGAGAAGAUCACAUCGCCGUUUGUUAAGAGCUGGCCUAAACUGUUCGGGAUUUUUAGGUCAAGUCGGUACUUUUCCAGGCCUGGGCCAAAAAUGGCCAAGCGAUUUCAAGUGUGGCCACUUGUGUAUUCAAGUU